AUCUGCUCAAACCGAAGCAAAAUGGAGCGCGAUCGGGGUGAAGAACAUUCCCUGUUUUUCUCGUCAAUACCAUACAGCUGAGAUCUAAAUGGUACCCGAUUUCCUUCUGGCUGCUCAGAUUUUGCAAAGGAUUGGUAAGUAUAUUAUUAUUUUGCUUGAAAAAGUGAGAUCUACAUCGUAAUGGCGCGCGCUCACUUGUCGGUUCCGCUGUUCUAGGCGCUAGGCUGCGAUUUCAAUCUCAAAAGUUAAUCGUUUUUCUCCGUUUUGUCGUUAAUCCAUUAUCAAAUCGGUAUAAAAAAGGCAAGAUCUAUCGCGAUACCUUCUUUAACUAUACAUCAGCAGCUGAUAACAAUGAAUCCUCCACAAAAGGGAUCGAGCUGAUCUAUAUGAAGGAGAUCAACCCACUCGGUAAGCUUACAUGAAAUCGAAUCGAAAGAACGCUUCGUUCGAGCGAUCUUUUUCUUUGCUGUUUCCACUGGCCUGGCCGCACGUCAAACCCAGGGAUCUCUUACAGAGCUUGUUAACAGGCUAUAUAUACAACUUUUAUAUUGCGCGGAUUGUGCACUUGGGAAUUUAAAAGGGGGACAUUCUAUUCGUAUGUACAAUUUCAAAACCGCCCAUCCCCCCCACCGGGGCAAACCCCGUGCAUUUGACUGAAACUUUGUUACAUACAUUGGGGAAUUUGACCUAAAAUGAGGCCAGCCCAGUCAAGCAUUCCACGUUUGUGUUAACGCUGGUUGUCACAAGCAAAAGGAUUUCGUAAUUCUUUCCGCACUUUAUAGGACCAUUCAGCAUGUGCACCACAUUCAUGGGUCAUUGCUCCUAUAUUCACUGUUUUGUUGAAGCAUUUGAGAGCCUUUGAAAAAGCCCGUUCAAUGUGGGCUUUCUAGAAUAAACAAUUUUCUUAAAAUGAAAAAACGUCUGUAAGACAGCUUUCCAAGACUUCGGACAUUUCGGCUGCAUUUAGUAGGAUAUUUAAAGGGUUUGACGAAUGGGAAAACUUUUGAAGAGUUCCUGGCGGGUGGGCGGUUUGACCAUCUAAACUGCCAACAUACUGGGGAAUUUGACCAAAUUUUUUCAGAAAAGUGAAACGGCCAGGAGGGGGGGGGAUGGUUAUGGGCGGGUUUGGAAUUGACUAAGUCAUUAGCCGCACCCCCACCCUGCUAAGUACAGUACAUUUUGGAGAGAAGGGUUGUAACUUUUUCUCAAUAGAAGCCAAAAAAUUUUUGCCCCUUCUGACUUCUCAUUCAUGUCUCAAAGUGUGCCAACAAAAAAUAAAUAAUGAAGAUUUUUAGGGGGUGUGGGUAAAAAUGGAACAUCUAAAGUUAAAUGGUAGUACCUAUGUGUUUGGAAUUGGUUGAGAUUUCAUAAUCAAUCAUCAGAAAUAAUCGGAUUGAACCAACUGAUGGAUCAUGGACUAUAAUCGGAAAAAUCUCCUACUGUAAUAAGUUAUUCCAAUUCACAGGCUACCAAAUAAAAAUCAGUGUUUCUCAAAUUAUUUUCAAGAACAAAAUGCGUAGUUGAGCAUAUAACUUGUAGUUACUUCUUGGAAUUAUUUUAUAGGUGUUGUGUAUGUUUUUUGUGAAAGUGUAAGUAAAUUGGUUGUUUCCUCUACCAGUUUAAAUCCAGGGCCAGCAGCAGCAAAAGCAACUUAUCUUCUUCCUAUAUGAUCUCUGCCAUGGAGAGCUUUGAAGAGGAACUCUCCUCUCUAUCUGAAAUGUUCCCAGAGUGUGAUGAGAAUAAACUGAGGGGCUACCUGGAGAUGUUUAAAGAUGAUCCUAACCACAUGACAUCAAUAAUCAACAUGCUGUUAGAGAAUGGAAACACAGAUGGCACUCAUCAGAACCAAGAACAAACUUCAUCACGUGAGCGGGGUUUGAAACGAAGUGCAAGCACUGGUGAAGACAGCCUAUCUAGCAAAGUUUCAAAGUGCGAUUUCAGCAGAAAGAAUGAGAAUGAAUUAACAAGUCCAACUAGAAUGGCCUGCACUUCUAAAAGUUCCUCCUCUCCUGCUAAAAAUCGUCAACAAUCCUGGAAGCAUGACUUUCUUGACCACAAAACUAGCUCUUCCAUUGAUGAUGAUGAUGAUAUAGUUUUAGUGAAGAGUGUAGCAAGCUCUCCCAAGCCAGGUUUUUACCGCUCAAGUGGUUCUGACUCUGGUAUAAGUUCUCCUCAGAAAAGUGGUGGUAUCUGCAUACGGUACAAGGGUGGGGCUCUUCAUCCAUCCAUGAAUAAAUCAAAAAGGUCACAGAUUGUGGAAAUUGACUGCGAUGAUAGUAAAGAUGGCAAAUCUCGUUUAUUAAGUAGCCAGUCACCCGCCAAAAGAAGUUUGAGUGCGUCUAAAGGUUUCACGUCAGCCACUGAAAUAUCUCAGGAAAACGAUGAUGAUUUACCCAUGUAUGGUACAAGUGCUGGUGCUACACCUCACAAAAAGGAUAAUGCAAGUUCUUCAUCACAAUCCCAGGAUAAAAACCAAGUUGAAGUAGUUUCAUCAUCUGGAAACAGUAGCCAUUCAUCUGUUGCAGAAGUUCUAACAGAUCUUGAGAUUCUCAAAAAGGUUUUUCCCGAUUCUGACCAUGAAUAUAUUGAUUCGCUUUUACAUAAGUAUGCUGAUCAACCUAAUAGAGUAGCUUUGGUGGGUAAAGAGCUUAGCAGUAAACCAGACUCUCAGAGUGUGAAAAAGAAAGCGAUACAAACGGUGCCAUGGUUUUGGCAGACUGAAGAAGGAAAGCUUGUCCCAUUUACUGACUCAGAAUGUAACUUUUUGGAAAAAGAGUACAUUCACUGUGACACAUCUCACUCUAGUACAGCAUCUGUAAAGAUUAGGAUGCCUGGCUCGACAAAAACUUACGACCUUAACUUUGCAGGCAUGACGAUGACUUGUGACAAAGGUCAGAAAACUCCAAUCAUUCGUGCUCCACUGGGGAGUGAUAACAACAAACAGAUUGGGUAAGUCAAAAGCUGUGUAGUUAUAUAGAGGAUAUUACAAGGUGGCGCGAAGGUAUGAAUUUUAUUUUUUGAGUGGCAAAACAAUAAUUAUUUUACGAAUGAGUCCAGCGAGUGGUUAAAAUAUUGUUUUUGCCACGAGAAAAUAAAAUUCAUAUCUUCAAGCCGCUGUGUAAUGUUAUUUUUAUUAAGACAAAAAGACAUUGAUAAAAUAAUAGAGGGAAAUUACCGAAAUUACAUCAUUGAUAUUAAAACUCACGUGUGAAAUUAUGGAAAAUAAACCACUCAGGUCCCGGAUGUAGUUUUUAUGAAUUUUAUGAGUGGUAUAUUUUCCAGUAAAACACUCGUGUCUAUUUAAUAAAUGGUAUUAAGGCCUCCAGGUUCAAGUUGCCGAGGAUAUGCUCUUUUCAGGGUGAGAUGAAAUUGUGCAAAUGUCAGCUGGCCAAAUAGAUCAUUUUACAGUUGUGGGCUAAGUAUCCUAGCUUUGAGUGAACAUGAGGUUGAGGUUGACCUUGUUUUGAUACAAAACUCUUUCCUUUUCUUAUGGAAAUUAAGUUUAACAAAAUUAAUAUAGUUAGCAUCAGCACAACAUGACUUACAUAAUAAAGCAGGAAGGUUGUAUCAAAACAAGGUCAACUCCAGCCUCUUUUCCACCUGUAACUGUAAAAUGGGCUAUUGGCACAUUGUUGUUUUAGUUUACCAGGCUGGAAUCCGAGGAACUAGCCUAUAAAAGGUUACAAACUUUGAUUGUCCCCCCUGCGCCAUAAACUCACUUGUUAUCAGAAUUUUUAACUUACCAGAAUUCCUUUCUUGACAGGAAGGGUGAUUUUCUGCUGGCAAGUGUAACAAAAUGAGUGUAAAAUGUUUUUCUGACACAUCACUGGGAGCCUGGGUAUAGGUCAUGUGACCGAAAGGCAGGCAGAUGCUUUUGUUCCAUCCGCCAUUACUAACCUGCCCACCCACCCACCCACUCGCCCUAAGAUUUCAGUUUUGUAGGCUGUUUAAAUGCAAUGCAUAACUUUUAAGGGGUAUGUUAUGUGUUUAUUUUUAUGAACUUGGAAUAAAGGUCAGGCUGUGGCGGUUGGCUUGGCAUGGUUACCAGUGGUGUGUGAGAAAUACCAUAAAAUUCCUACAAUAAGCCCCGGGGCUUAUUUUUUUCAAAGGCCCUUUUUGAGGGGCUUAUUUUUGGAGGGGCUUAUCUAGGGAAGGAAAUUUGCGUUUCGAAAUUGAUUGGGUUAGCCUUAUAGUUGGAAGUAAAUUUACCAUUUUUGCUUUGUUUUACCUUGUAUUUGAGGGCAAUUUUCCAAGUACAGCUGCUGGGGCACUUUAUAUUUGAAGGGGUGAUUUAACGGAGGGUUUUUGGCGUUAGGAGUUUGGGGGGCUUAUAUUUGGAGGGGUUUAUACAUGGAGGGGCUUAACGUCAGAAUUUUUACGGUAUUCAUUAUCUUCAUUGUUGUUGUUGCAGUGGUAAAAAUCUAGUACCACAAGAAGCACUUUCGCUGCCACCAGACUGGCAACAGCAAAUUGAAAAUGUUCAACUGAUAAGCGUGCGUCCAGGUUCUGCCGAGUGGGACCAUGUUCAGCGAAGCCUUAAAAGAAGUUUGAGGGAAGCUCAAGUCACUAAUGUACAGCGUGUACAAAACAAGUGGCUGUACAGAAAGUAUGCUAUACAGCGGCAUUUGAUCAAAGACAAAAAUGGUUAGUGGUUAACAGUAAAGUGGAAGCUCUCGUGACGACGACACCCUCGGAAUGUGAAAAAGGUGUCCGUAACUGGAGCUGGCCGCUUAACCCUUUAAGCCCCAAUAUCCACAUACAAAUUCUCCAAACUGAUCUCCAUACAUUUCCUUCAUGAAUGAGUUGAGAGAAUUUGAUAAAAGAUCAAGGCAUUUUCCCUUAGGUGAUCAUUUUAUUAAUUCUCAUAAUCUAAUCUCUUGACAUUGUAUGGAUAUUGUUAGGAGAAAAUUGACGUUAGUCACUAUUGGGACUUAAAGGUUAAGAGAACGUUAAAAUACAGAGUUUGUAUGGGAGAUGAGUGAAACAAGGUUUUGUGAAGGCGGCCAUAUACAGAGCUGUCUGCUUACGAGAGUGCCCAUUAGAAGAGCUUCUACUGUACAAUUCUGUAUGUUUUGUUUGAAUAAUGUUAUUAAAUAUUAUCAGCGUGCAAAGAAAGUAGGAUCUGAUAGCCCGGGGCUUAGGUGGAUUUUGCUAUUGGGCUAGUGAAUUCUGUUGUUCACUUUCCCGAUGGGCAAGUGAGGUUUUUUGAGCAAUUCGAAUAACAGAACAAGUUGCAAGCAGCAGGGAUCAACUUUGAAAACUUGAUCAACUUUUUGAAAACUGUUCAGCCUAACAAAACUGUUAGGCUGAACAGUUUUCAAAAAUCCUAAUUUCAAUCCAUUUCAAUCUUCUUCAGUUUUGCCCAUCCGUGACAUCUGUUGUUUCUGUUAUGUUAUUUUAACCUUCCUUUAAAGUUUUAAGCGGUUAUUUUUAUGUUUCUCUUAAUUUAACGGACAUUUUGUAAUUUCCUAAUUUGGCUGAAUUUCAUGACACAGCUCCUUUAAAUCUCAAACCAUUCCCUACUGUUUUGAAGGAAUUUGAAUAGUAAAGUAAGUUGUACUUUUCUUAACAGGAUCCACAUGCAUUAAUGAGAAAGAAUUAUUUCAUGGCACCAGACAUACAAAUCCAGAUGUCAUCUGGAAAGGAGAGGAUGGAUUCGACAUGCGGCAUUCUGCAGACGGUAUGUGGGGGCGUGGAACGUACUUUGCCUCUGAGGCUUCUUACUGCCAUCAGGGCUUUGUUUAUUACGAUCCACAGAAGAAGCACUUCCAGCUAUUCCUGGCCCAUGUUUUAACAGGAGACAGUAUUUCCUUACUCCCUAACAGGGACAUAAGAAUGCCACCCCCGAAGAGAGGCUCCGACAUUCGUUAUGACAGCAUCAAUGGUAUUACCAGUGGUUGUACAGUGUACAUUACCUACAAACUUGACAUGGCAUAUCCAGCUUAUCUUAUAACUUACACUAUAAGCAAUUGAAAGGGGGCAGAAAUAAGGCCCCGAGUGACUCCUAAAAAUAUGAAAUUCUCUUUGUGACUUCGAAGCAUGUAUAAGGAAACGUAGCAGUUGAAAAAUGUAGCAAGAUAUCAGAGUCACUUGCAGGGUUAUUCUAGGCAGUUGAAGUGCUACAUGGAAAUGGCCCUAAGUAACUUCUUAGACAAACC